AUGCAAGAGCCACAUGGCAAUCACGGCAUCUUAUUAAAGACGUUUACGGUAGAUGAGUUAUAUGAAAAUUUUAUCAAAGAGGAACGGCUUAUCAAGUCUUCUGUACAAGACUUUUCUAAAGCCAAAGCUUGGACGGGAGAAACGGCGAUAUCUCCAACAACUGAAUGGGGAACCAAGUUGGAUAGAAGUGGAGAUAGACGGUGCGACGAUCCCAGUAAGCACAAUGGUGGACGCCUUGUGUCUCUUUUACUCGAUAAACAUCGGUCAAAUUUCGAGAAAAAAAAUGACUCUCAAGAGACAGAUGAAAUAUCUAUUCAAACAUCUGAAUCAAUUUUCAACUUGGAUAAAUCUCUUAGAAAACAAUCCUGUGUAUCUUCCCACGGCGUUAACAAUUUCUUUAAAAUCAAUACGUCAGAGACACCGUCAGAGAGUAAAGAAAGUUUCGUUUGGAGCGUCACUGAUAGGUCCAAAGAAAAUGAAGGAAAAGUUAAUGAAGCUCAGACAGGAGCGCGACUCAGAGAACCAUCGCAUGCUUCCACGGGAAUCUAA